AUGUCGUACCUGAGAAGCGCGGAGCUACCCAAAGCUGCAGCAAGGAUCUCCUAUCUCGUUCCCCAUUUCCCUAACGACUUCCAAGAGUCCGCAUCAACCCACAUCAACACCAGCAUGCUGGCGUGCAUAACGAGCAGCACCCCGUCGCCCCUGGCGCCGAGGCGGCUGCAGACGCCGGCGGACGAGCAGCUCCGCAAGGGCCCGUACACGAUCACCAAGGAGCUCGGCUCGGGGCUGCACGGGCGCGUGCUGCUGGCCUACGACGACCGGCUGCAGCGCGACGUGGCCGUCAAGCUGCCGGCCGCGCUCACGACGGACCGCGUGGACCUCGACGCGCUCGAGCUGCAGGUGGCCUCCAUCGUGCACGAGUGCAACGCCAUGAACCGCGUGCAGCACCCGAACGUGCUGCAGAUCGACCGCCUCGUGUCCGGCAAGAAGCUCGACUGCGACUACGUGGCCAUGGUGACCGAGUUCGCGCCCAACGGCGACCUGUUCGACCUGCUCGAGGUCGGCGGCGCGCUGCCGGAGCCGUUGGUCAAGGUCUACAUGUGCCAACUGCUGCGCGCGCUGGAGGCGUGCCAUGCCAACGGCGUCGUGCACCGAGACGUCAAGCCCGAGAACUUGCUGCUGGAUGCCAACUACCAGCUCAAGCUGGCGGACUUUGGCGUUGCAGCGAUGGCACCCACGGGCGAGGACGCCUCCGACGUGUUUUCAAGAGACGAGAGCGGGACGGCGCUCUACAUGGCGCCCGAGAUCAGGUCGAGACAGCUGUACCGCGGCACGCCGGUGGACGUGUGGUCUGCUGGCGUCGUGCUGUUCAUCUUGAUGACGGGUCUGCCGCCGUUCAACGAGGCCCACAAGGGAGACGCCUGGUACGACGACCUGCUGGCCGGCGACUUGGAGCACUUUUGGCAGACGCAGCCGGACGAGGUGCUGCAGGUCAUGACUCCUGGUGCACAGGACCUCAUCUCAGCCAUGCUGGUCAACCCGGACCAGCGGAUCACAGUGGCGGAGGCGCUAGAGCACCCGUGGCUGCGAGGCGCCGACUGCGUUGACUCGGUGCUGAUCCGUGACGCUGUGUCGACCCACCUGGAGGCGGCUCGCGCUGCCAGCAAGAUCGAAACUGCUUGA